AUGCGUCUCUCAACUGCCGCCGUACUGGCAUCUGCCCUUGGCUCCACCCUCGCCGCCUCUCCCGUCACGGACCCAUGGACCGGGCCGUUCUACCUGACCUUUGUCACGACCAACGGGACAGAGUAUGCCGCCGACAUUGCUACCGUGUCCCGUGGGGCCCAGGCUUUCUCUUCUUCAAAGAUCUAUGAUACUGUCUUUGCCUAUGACCCCGAAACCGAGCGAAUGACGGACUACGACAACCCGUACAUCGGAGGAAGCUCUCGCAUGCUCCCGGACGAACCGGUCUGGUUCACGGCCGACCCGGAAGAGUACACGCCCGGCUCGGAGAUUGUGCAGGUCACCGAGGUCAACACUGACAGUGGCGUGGAGGAGAGGUUCUUCAUCAAGCACGACACCAUUCAGGACGGGACGUUUGGGUGGAAGUCAUACACGCCCCGCGAGGAUGGGCUGCCGAUCAACGUCUACUGGGUCGGAGUUGGGGGCAACUCCCAGCUUAGACUUGACUUGGAGUUGCCCGCUAAGCGUUGA